AUGUCCCCGGGGAGCGGCGUGAAGAGCGAGUACAUGAAGCGCUACCAGGAGCCGCGCUGGGACGAGUACGGGCCGUGCUACCGUGCGCUGCGCCACUACCGCCUGGGUCGCCGGCUGCUGGAGCAGGCGCACGCGCCCUGGCUCUGGGACGACUGGGGCCAGGCCGGCGCCUCGGACGACUCGGCGUCGUCGGCGUCGUCGGGCACCGGGGCCCCCGCGCCCCAGUGCGUCCCGGCCUCGCCGCCGCCGCCCGCGGAGCCUGAGGCGCGCGUAGGGCCGGAGGAGCGGGGCGUGGAGGCCGCGGGGGACGCGGAGACCAGGGACGCCGUGGACGCGGAGGACGCGGCGCCGCCAGCACUGCCAGUGAAAGAUGUAAAAGAGAAACCUGAACGACAGAUCAGGAUGAGAGACUCUGAAAAAUCAGCCAGCGGUCCUGACCCUCAGCAACCACCAAGUGCCUUAGCUGCCCGAGGAAGCAGGAGAGCCAUCAAGAGCCCUCAGAGGUCAUCCACUAAGAUAAAAGAACAGAAGCACCCGUUUGCCCUCUACGGAUGGGGAGAGAAACAGACGGACACAGGAAGCCAGAAAACUCACAACGUCUGCGCCUCUGCCCCUGUGCGGGAGAUCCAUGAAUCGGCACUGCGAGCCAAGAGCAGAAGGCAGGUGGAGAAGAGGCGGCUGGCGGCUCAGAGGCAGCGAGCUCACUCUGCUGAUGUGGAGAAAAAUAGGCGGGUCAAGCCUGCCUCCUCAGAGAACCCAUGGAUGACAGAGUAUAUGAGAUGCUACUCCGCCAGAGCUUGA